UCGUCGUCGCCAUCAGGAGGAAAAUCCACUGCCUGCUACUGCUACUGACUGUGACGUUGAAAGUUUUAUUUUCCAUCAAUUUCGGGCCGAAAAAAGAACGCAACCUGAAGCGAUCCUCGCAAAAGCAAUAGCUGGCCACCGGAAGCCCCGGAACGAGUAAAGCACGGAUUCGCGAACUCGGGAAAAACUGUGUGCGUGUGAACAAAAGUGCGAACUUCGGGAUGGCGUGAAAAUCACGAGCCCUGCAAAGGAAUCCCUCUUUUGGGGCAAGUUUUUCACCAUCACCCCCGUUCCCCUCGGUAUUGGGACUCCGCAAAGGGGCAUGGGGUUUCUUUCUUCUUCGUGGUGAAGGGAAUCUGUUCCGGAGUUCCGGACGACGGCCGGAAGCGGACAUUGUGCUGGCGAGUGAGUUUGCACGAGGCAGGAUUCAGUGGAGAGUCCGAUUUUUUUUCGGAGGGUGGCUUUUCCGAGUAAUUGACUCCAUCACAAGGAUAGGGGAGUAAUGAGAAAAUAUUUUCACCUCGAAAGGAUUGGGAAAAUCCGCACCUCUUGAGAGGCCGUCAUACGGUUGGGAAAACCCAGGAAGAAUCCUUCGCGUAAAAAAGCAAUAGAGUGGUGUUGCUUCCCGAUGGAGCAAAGGAUUGAAGCAUAUUGUGAACGGUGGCAGUGGCGGCCGUAACGGUGGGAUAUAUCACGAAGGAUAUGUGGAGUUAGCAGAAGUGGCAAGUCCUUUCUUUAGAAGCCUGAAAAGGACAAGUGUGUAACAACAACGACAACAACAACUUCGAGAAAAAGUGUGUGCGAGAGUGAAAAUUGGCCAAGGGCAGUGGAAAGGGUUUAACCAUUUUUUUUUAAAUACACAAUUUUUGUUCGCCUUUGAUCGAUUUUUUCUAAUCUUCGGAGGGGCAAAGGCAACGACGCGCAGUGUUAUUGUUGUUGUCGUCCUCUCAGUAGUGUCGGAUUCCUGCUGGAGCACGGAGUCAGUGUGCCAGCAAUGUGCUGUAACACAUAUUAGCGUGUUGUUGUGGCACAUACCGUCACAGUCGCCAGCAGAUAUGUGGGCGUUGAAGGUGGUGGUGACACGGCGACUUUCGGUUCUCUAGACAAUAAGGAUAUGUCUUCUAUGGAGGAUUGCUCCGACUACGGCAAUCCCCAUCACCAUCCGCAGCAGCAGCAGCAACAGCAUCAGCAACACCACCGCCAUGGACACCAGCAACAGCAAUAUCACCAACCCAAGCACUCAUCAACCUCCGGUGGAACGCUAAGCCGCGGCAGUCGCCGCUCCUCGUACGGCCACAGCCACUACGCCCAGCAGCUGAUCCCGCAGCCCAUCAACUACCACGAUGGUCUGUCUGCGGGGUUGGACAACAUCUCCGUCGGAAGCGUCGGCAGCAUCAUCAGCAAUCACUCCGGUCAACGGUACGUGCCGGACCUGCAGCAACCGCCGACAAACUAUGGAACCCUCGGCCAUCACCAGCAGCAUCAGCGGAUGUCGGUGCACAGUGAGCGGUACGCCAUCGAGGACAGCAGCUGUCUGCAGCCGCCGUCGCCAGCUCCCAGCAAUGACCACUACAACGUCAUGGGAAUGCCGUCGCCGGGGCCGGCUUCGGCGUCGUCCUCGUCGGCCAGUGGCUACGGCACAAUGGAUCGAGGUCGUCACUACGGCACGCUGCAGCAGCGAACGAUGAGUCCAUCGAACAGCAGGUACAGAUAUCGACACAGCUUGACCGACAACUACCGCGACAUCUCACCCCAAUGCGACCGUUACAUCCCUCCCCCGGCGCACUUCCUCAACACCACGAAUCCCCUGGCCGCGACCGACAGCUACGGUUACUUGAACUCCAACGUGCACACCCCCGUCAAACGGUAUGUCCCCACGCCCCCACCCCAGGAGCCGACCUACCAGCCGCAGACUCAGCUCAUGACGGCACUGCUGACGCAAUCGGCGGUCGCCGCGGCUUCCCAGCAAAGGAACAGUCACCUGACCAGCACCCUGCCGUACCGGUUCCGAGUCAAGUCCUGUCCGAACGAGCAAACCAUUUCGCCGCCCCAGGGCUUCGAUACUUCCGAUCAUUAUGCCACACCGCCACGUGUUCGUCCUCCAAAAUGUCCGUCUUCCCUUACCGCCAGCAAUUCCGUGCCCAACUCGGCACUCUCCUCCCAGACCAUGAGCUCGGGUCGACAGUCCCGCCAAAGUACGGAAUAUCUGAUUGCACGAACUCCGAGCGCCGAAUUCCUGGACCAGCCAACCACGUGUCGAGUGUCAACGCCGGUCAGCGUGAUGAGCGAACCCAACGGCAGUGCAUCGUGCCUGCACUGUAGUACACUGCGCAGGACGACCGGCGUCCACCAGACGACUCAAACCAGUGGCCCGAUAAGUCCACAGCCGCUAUCGAUCUCGUCGGCUACCGAGUCUACCGGACGGCAGUCCCCGAUGAGUCCGGCGUCCAUGUUGUCACCGAUGACCACGGCACAAUCAUCCAAUAGUUUGCAACAUCCGCAAAACAAUAGCCAUCAUCACCAGCAGCAGCAGCAGCAGCAACAGCAAAUACCACCGCAAGCUUCAUCCAAUAUGUUGACCGCAGCACAAUCACAGCCACAAAUAGCACUAGAGAACUACGGUAGCAUGGAGCCACGUGACAUCUCCACGAUUCCGAGAAAUCACGCCAAACAGUCAACGCAGCAACUCCAGCAACCAUCGGCGAACUCUUCCGAGCAGAGCAUCCUCAGCACCAGCAAUAGCCGCGCGAUACUGUUUCAAUAUCAGCAGCAGAACAUUCAUCAGCAGCCACCGCAAAUCAUGCCACCCCCACAAGCACAAGUACAACCACCUGUACCACCGCAGCAACAAGGACCUCAACUCCAGCAACCUCCCCAGUCACAGCAACAGCAACCCGUCGUAGCAGCACCAGGACCGUCUAUGCAACAACAACAGCUGCAGCAGCCGCAGCAACAUUCACCACCCGUGAGCGAUUCGCCGGCGUCCACGUUGCAGCGGAACGCCCAACAGAUUCUGCGUCCCUUUGGGCCGCACUUGUCCCGCAAGCAACGCAUCAAAGAGUACAUGAGGCACGAAACGGCCAAGUUCUUCGGCGUGGAUAACCUGAACGAGGAGUACGAACGGCACAAGUGGGACGAUCGUCAGAAGCGGUUCGCCAUUCGGCGGUUCGGUCAGCUCAAGGACGAGUAUGACUUUUCAUAUCGCAACAACAACGCCGCGAGCAACGCUCCGGAGGAGAACGCACCACCGGUGGACCGGCCGGAUGUGCUGCCGGCGCAGAGCCAGGACGAGCGCGACACCGAACAAAACCGGCGUCAGCGAGCUAACCCGCACUACGCGUACGACAACGACACGGACAACUUUAUGGUGAAGGUGGAGCGCAAACCAUCGGUGCCGACCGUCAUUUGGAACGGAGUUUCGUUCGUUGUCCAGAGCAUAACGAGGAAACGAAUGCGCAAACAGAAGCAGUGGUCUCGCAGCUUCGCUCCGGCACAUGUCGAGCUGACCUCCGAAGACGGUGACCUGUGCGAUGGUCUGGCCCCCAUCCAGGACGAGGAAACAUUUUUCGACACGCCGGCAGCGGCACCGCCGGUUCCGCAGCCUGCCAACCCCGGCCAAAUAGUGGACAAUUCGCGCCAACUGUUUGUAUCCGAUGGUGAUCGCGGUCUUGGCGGACCCGCCGGCAGUGGCAUCAUCAACGGCUGGCGCACCAAAUCUUCCGAGCUGCAGCUGCAGGCCCGAGACGGCGCCGCCAGCGGAUCCACGCUCGGGCAGCGCAUUUCUUCGCACAUCCUGGACGGUGUGCUGGACAACUCGAUGCGACCCAUUGGAAACAAAAUAAAGCUGCUGAGGCCGAACCUGCUGGACGACCGGUACGACUACCGACCGUUCUUCACCUACUGGAUCAACACGGUGCAGGUGCUGGUGCUCGUCAUUUCGCUAAUCUGCUACGGCGUUGCACCGAUCGGGUUCGGCAGUGACUACCGGACGGCACAGGUGCUGGUCACCAGCUUGAACCUGCAACAGGUUCACCACCAGGAGACGCGCAACAUCUGGAUCGGGCUGAAAAACAUCGACAUCGUCCAUCUGGGCGCCAAGUACGGCGCGUGCAUGCGUCGUGACGCCCGCGUCAACGAGGUAAUCAUGAAAACGCGCAAACAGGAACGCGAAACGGCCUGCUGCAUCCGGAACGACGACUCCGGCUGCGUGCAGAGCUCCCAGGCGGACUGCUCGAUGCGCGGGCUUUGGCCAACGAAGACGAUCGCCACGUGGAAGAAGUGGUCCCCGGGCGAGUCCGGGCCCGGUGGGCGCAUCUCGGGCAGCGUGUGCGGCCUCGAUCCAAAGUACUGUGACGCGCCGGCCUCGAUAGCGCCGCACGAGUGGCCCGACGACAUCACCAAGUGGCCAAUCUGCCGCAAGAACAACCAGUUCUCGCAACGGUUCCGCUUCAAGGAUCACACGGCCGAGCACAUGGUGUGCGAGGUGAUUGGCCACCCGUGCUGCAUCGGCGUCUACGGCGAGUGUCGCAUCACCACCCGGGAGUAUUGUGACUUCGUCAACGGGUACUUCCACGAGGAGGCGUCGCUCUGUUCGCAGGUUUCCUGCCUGAACGACGUGUGCGGAAUGUUUCCGUUCAUCGUCGCCGACUACCCGGAUCAGUUUUAUCGUCUCUUCACGUCGCUUUGUCUACACGCAGGCAUCAUACACUUAGCAAUCACAGUUGCCUUUCAGCAUGUGCUGAUGUCGGAUCUGGAGCGGCUGAUCGGGCCCCUGCGCAUGGCCAUUCUCUACAUCGGGUCCGGGAUCGCGGGGAACCUCACCAGUGCAAUCUUCGUGCCGUACAAGGCCGAGAUCGGUCCGCUGCCGUCGCUGGCUGGCGUUCUAUCAUCACUGAUGAUACAGCUCGUGCUGUGUCACUGGAAGAGCUUGAAGAAACCGCACGUAGCUAUGAUCAAAUUACUAGUUAUCGGGUGUACAUUAUUCGGGUUGGGCACACUGCCCUGGCAGCAGAACUUUACCGGGCUGAUAGCGGGCCUGCUGUUCGGCAUGGCGCUCACGAUGGCGUUCGUGCCGUUCGUGAACGUGACGGCGGAGCCCGGCAGGAAGAGCAAGGUCAAUCUGAUAUGGACGUGCAUGGUGGUGCAGUUCGUCGUUUGCGCCGUCAUGUUUAUCAUUUUCUACGUAUUCCCGACGCUCUUUUCCUCGUUGAGCUUCAUCGACGGGAACCAGCUGGACCAGAACACGGUCCACAACUACCAUGACCACUACAACCUGUACGAGGGGGGCGGCGGCGGCGGAGGUGGUGGCUACCAGAACUUCAACCCGGGCCACAACCACGGCGGCGGGGGUAUCAUCAACGGGGGAAACCACAUCGUAACGACGUACAACGUAAACAACAACUACAAAUCUCCGACGAGCGGCCACGGCGGCGGGAUUCUGCACAAUCAUCACGAGUAUGGCGGGGGUGGCGGUGGCGGUGGCAUCAGCAUGUCGGGCGGUAUCAAUAGAAUUAGUAGUAGUAGCAACAAUAAUAAGAAUAAUAAUCUGAUAAAAGGUAUGAGCAUGUGUGAGAAGGGUCAAUGUGUCCAGCGUCAGCCGCGCAGUGCCGACACGAAUGCAUGACGUCGAUGUUUCCUGCUGUUCACCUCGUUGGAGUUACUUUACGUCUUGUUUGUCCUUUUGGCCCUGUACGAUGUCGAUGAUUUCCAGGUCAUUUAUCAGUUCAUCAUGUGAUACAACAAAUCAACCAAAAAACAAACAAACCGAAACAAAACAACGUAGUACCAAAGUAAACACAAUUUUUUAUAUCGCUAUUUCCAUCGAAAAUGUGAUUUUGAGUCGUAUCUUAGUUAAUGUCACCUAGUUUAAUCAUGGCGUGUAAUACAAAAAAAAAAACAUAUUUAUAUACAUACAAACAAACAGCCGUCAAAAAUCAAAAAACGAAUUAUGAAAACGAUAUGAUAUUUAGCCCUAUUAACAAGCAAAACACACAACCCACACAUAAUCCGUUACGUUUACGUUUCCUUACUCUUUAAGUCACCCUUUGUCCCCUAACUUUACUCGAGUUAAAUGAAAUACAUAGCAUAAUUAAGCAUAAAAAAAAAUAUUGACACAAAAAAAAACAAGAAAAAAAAACCAGCGUAAAUGAAGAAUGUGAGUAACAACAAGGCAAAAUAAAACCAAAAAAAAAACACAAAACAAUUCUUAGAAUUGCCCUCAGUUAGUUCGAAAUAGCUAUCCUUCUAUGAGAUUGAUUGAAAAGAAAAGAAUAUCUAGUAAGAGAGAGAGAGAAAAAAAACCCUUUCACGAAACAAACAAAGCAAACAAAAGAAAA